UAUAAGUAAUUAUUGAUAUUUAGAUAUUCAAAUCAAAAUUUAUUGGUUGGGACGAAGUCAUCGCCGUUGAUUUUACGCGGACAGCAGAAUCAGUCGCUAAAACAGGUGCAGAUUUAUCAACCUGGGCCAAACAGCAAGAUACUAAGGCUGAUCUUACUGCUUUAUUUAUGCCUCGCCAACCACAAAUGUCUUCAACUGAAGCACAACAGCUAAUGAACGAAUGGAGUGAUGAUUUAGAGGUUAUGGAAGCCUUCGUUCUAGAAAAACGGAAAUUUGUCCGUUUACCAGAAGAAGAACUUGGGCAUUUUUUUACUGAGGAUUGUUAUGUAUUUUUAUGUCGAUACUGGAUGCCACUUGAAAUGGCCAACAAUGACGAUGGCAAACACGUGGAAGAUGAUUUUCAAUGCAUUGUUUACUUUUGGCAAGGACGGGACGCUGGAAAUAUGGGAUGGCUGACAUUUACUUUUAGCAUGCAAAAAAAAUUUAAAACAUUAUUUGGAGAAAAGUUAGAAGUUGUUCGAACGCAUCAACAACAAGAGAAUUUGAAAUUCAUGGCUCAUUUCAAGAAAAAGUUCGUCAUUCACCAAGGAAAACGAAAUCAAUUAAAAGUGCAGUCAUCUAAUCGAGUGGAAUUUUUUCAUCUUAGAAGUAAUGGCAGUGCUUUAUGUACUCGAUUAAUCCAAGUUGAACCUGACGCCAGCUUAUUGAAUUCAGCUUUUUGUUAUAUUCUUAAUGUUCCAUUCACUAAUGAUGAUAAAACUGGAAUAGUUUACGUAUGGAUUGGAUCGAAAUCGGAUCCUGAAGAAGCUCAUUUAAUUGAAGAAAUAGCUCGAGAAAUGUUCAAAAACCCCUGGAUAAGUUUUCAAGUCUUAAAUGAAGGUGAAGAACCAGACAACUUUUUUUGGGUUGCUUUAGGAGGCAAAAAAUCUUAUGAUACUGACGAUGAUUACAUGUGUUAUACCCGGCUAUUCCGGUGCUCUAAUGAAAAAGGAUAUUUUAUGAUUAGUGAAAAAUGUUCAGAUUUUUGUCAGGAUGAUUUAGCUGACGAUGAUAUUAUGAUACUGGACAAUGGUGAACAAGUUUUUCUAUGGUUGGGUGCCCAUUGCUCGGAAGUAGAAAUAAAACUAGCUUAUAAAUCUGCUCAGGUUUACAUUCAACACUUACGGGUAACGCAGCCAGAAAAACCCCGAAAAUUGUUUUUAACUGCUAAAGGAAAAGAAUCUCGUCGCUUUACAAAGUGCUUUCACGGUUGGAGUUCAUAUAAAAAAUCGCUGCUGUAACAAAAAUUGAAAUUCGGAUGGAUCUUUAUGUCGCCCAAUAUUGUCAUCCUCGUUUUUUAGAACAGUAUCUUCAAUAUAUAACCGUACACAUUAAAUAAUCAUAUAAAAGUGUCAUGAUUAUUAUAGUGAUUCAUUUGAGAACACAACAAUUAUUUCUACCGACCCAACAUAUGUCUAUUUUCAAAUGUCUAAUAAGUUGACAGUUUCAAAAAAUCAAUGUUUUAUAGAAUAAAUUAAGUAUGUAUUACUAAUGAAUUUUAUGGAUUUAUUGUAAAAUGAGUAGAAAAAAACUUUAGAUGUGUCAAGGGACACCCGAAUGAAACGAAGUUCCUUUCGAUUAAUUAGUGAAGAAAUUGUAAUAAAAUUUUAUUUUAUUUAGAAAGACGAAACGAAAAUAAUAUAACUGGCUUGAUUUCUAUAAGAGAGAGAGAGAUUGAUUGAUUGAUUGAUUGAUUGAUAAUUUAUUAAUGCCAAGGCACAGGCCAAAUGGCAAUUUUAGAUACAAAAAAUAUUUACAACUUAAGUUCUAAUAUCUGUACAUGUAAGUACAUAAUACAUAAUUAAAUUUAAA